AUGGUAUCCGGGAGAAAUAACUCACCCUCGAUCGAUAAACUGAUCACACUGCACAGGUUGCGCUGGCUUGUUCACGUGCUGCGUAUUCGACCGACUUCCUCGAAGGGCUCUUUCCGCACAACUACGUUAAGGGUGGAAGAGAGCCAGAGGCGGUCAAACAAUGGCUUGGCAGCGAAGUAUAAAAGCCAUUAUCAGCAAACUCAGCCGUGCUGGUCAUUGUCUUUGAUGGAGACCCCGGGGCGGCCUAUAUCAAUGGCUAGAGACAUUGUCAGACAUGACCCAGUCGUGCCAUCAAUGCGCUGCUCCCUUCCCAACCCCCACCUAAUACUCUACCUACAGUGCUGUAUUUACGCACUAAUUUAUCAGCUCCCGCCUCCAAUGCGCAGCUACCUACCCCACCUCCCCGAAUCAUCGGUGAACGAAACUGAGGCAGCUACAAUCACUCUACGACAAGUUCUGGACUGGCUAGAGACAAGAUUACUUCUCAGGUCAGGAAGGCCAGUGCAGCUUUUGCUAACCUUUGACGCCUAUAGCACCGACAUGGCGGUCGACACUGCGAUGAAUUCGUCACACACUACACUAGAGGAACUAGUGGAACGAUAUAUUCACGACCCGAAGAACAAACAGGCAUUUUAUAAUAUUGAAAGGUGGAUGCACACCAACCUGAAAAAGGACAAUGCCGAGUCAAUACUGGUUAGUCUGAAGAAGUUUUUCUCCGCGUUUUUCGUGAGAAAUGAUUUUGUUGCAAAUUACCUCCAUGCGCAUAGCCUAAUUACAUGGAUUUACAAUGGAAAUGGUAAAAUAACAGCACCCCUCGAAAGCCAGGAUCUCUCAGAUGAACAAGUUCUGCAAACCAUCAUUAACAAUUAUGAACUUGAAGACUUUGUGGAGUUGUUGAGCCCAACAGCUACACAGAAUGUUAAAAUUGAAUCGGAUAAAUUAGAAGCGGGCCUGAAAAAGAAGAUCCAGUCAUCCUCCAAGAAAAGCAAAAAACUUAUCCAGAAAUCUCUGUUGAUGUCGAAGAAGAAGAAGAGCGUUAAAGAUGAAUUGUUCGACUAUCUUCGACCACAGAUAUCACAGUCGGGAAAGGCUUCACAGGAAACCGCCGUUACGGGUUACGCGAAAUGUGCUGAGACACCGAGACCCAAAAGAACAACGCUUGCUGUGUCACCAAUCGGAGAUUUGCAUCCAAGUAAUGACGAGCCCCCACCGGAUAAGAACUCAUCGCUGGAAAAUGGAAGUAAAGAUUCAGAUGUCACAGUAGACCAAGUUCAGUUGGUUCAAACUGAUGAGUCAGAGGUCGUGGGUCUUUCGGAGUCUCAACCGGCAACUGCGAAUAGUUCAGGACGCGUAACUCGACAAUCAAGGUUAAAAACACCUGGUUCACAAGGCUCAUCUAUCGGUCGUAAUGAAGUUCGACGAUCUUCAAGUAGGCGGCAAGAUUCUUCAACCUGCAAGGUAGAAUCCAUGGUUGGUAAGAGUCAACAUGUGCGCUUGGAGACUCCCUCAACUCGUUCAGCGAAGAGUCAUAAUGUGACUGAGCGGCCCAAUCAAGUCAACGGCAUUACUGAACUUACUUGCAAAAAUGCAGACGAGACCCAACUUGGCUGCAUUGAUACUAUAACCGCGGAUGAUCAAUUACAGCAUUGUGAACAAUCAACACCUGUUCUGGAGACAACACCAGUCGUCCAACACAGUGGGUCGAGAAUCAUUCAUUCAACUACAGGGGACCCCACACUUGGAAAGCGCAAAUCGACCGUUAGACGUCGAGAUCUCUUAGAUGGGACACGUACGUUUAAUACUUCAAAUGUUGCCGAUUUCUUGACUUGCCUCCAGUAUGCAGAGACGCAAAAAUCUCCAGUCACGACGCCGAUUAAGCGCCUCUCAAACACUGCGCAUAUUGCAGUCUCACCCGCAGUAGGCAAUGGAAACUCGUCAGAAAAACUUGAGCUCCCGUUUACGAGUGGAAAUUCCAUUCCAGAUCCAACUCCCUCUAUAUAUGGUGCUCCACAUGAUACAAGGGCAGUGGCCACUGGUUCUGUUGAUUCGGUACAGUAUAAUGAUACCAAGAAACUUCUGAGUGCAGUGCCGCUGGUUUCACGAAGGCGUAUAAAGACCCCACAAUCGGAUAGUAAACUCGUACUUCGGAGAACUUCAUCAGCACAACGGAAGGCCUUGCGCAGUCGCGACUCCAUCUCAGCUUCAACAUGCACACAACCUACUGCUAGUCGGGUUAAAGGAAAGUGUCUGAAGGAAGAAACAGGCAUUCCCCCGAGCAAGGCCCCAGAAACCGUGGGCCUGGUUGGAUUGGAAGAUGGACGAAAACUAACGGUCACUGCAGCCAAGACAGAUCCAACUCGAAAAAGGCGUACAAGAACUCCCCAAUCAACCGAUGCCUGUCCAAGUUCCAGUGUAUCCUCUCUGAAGAAGAAAAGAUUCUCUGUUAGAUGUCGAAGCGGUGACCCAGGUACGGAAGGAAAUAUCUAG